CUUUUCAAAACCCUCCAAAUUUUCCCUCUUCUUCCAUUCACACUACCAAAAAGGAACUUCCAACUCAACUCUUUCCCUCCAUUCUCCAAAUAACCAACUUUCUCUUUCUCCUUCAAAGUUCAAACCCCUUACAAACAAAACAAAAACUGAUUUCAACUCCAAAUCUUAAUCUUCAAAAAAAACCCUAAUUCUUGAUUUCACCUCCAAAAAAAAAAAAAAAAACUUUUGGUAUCUGUUGUUUUUUCAUCAUUUCAAAGAAAACUCAUCUCAUAAAAAGCCUAAAAACUCAUUCUUUAAAGGUAAAUUUGGCUUAUUUUCACAAAAAACCCUAGCUUUUAAUUCCCAAUUCUUGAUUUCAUUUCCAAAAAAAAAAAAAAAAAAAAACCCUUUGUGUGUGUGUGUGUGUUGUUUUUUCAACAUUUCAAAGUAAACCCAUCUCUUAAAAAGCCUAAAAACUCAUUCUUUACAGUUAAAUUCACAAAAUCCUAGCAUUUAAUACCCAAUUCUUGAUUUUUUUUUUUUUUUUUAAAAAAACUUUUGUUUGUGUUGUUUUUUCAACAUUUCAAAGAAAACCCAUCUCAUAACAAGCCUAAAAAACUCAUUCUUUACAGUUAAAUUUUGCUAAUUUUCACAAAAAAACAAAAAACAAAAAACCUAGCUCUUAACACCAAUUCUUGAUUUCAUCUCCAAAAAAAAAGAACCCCCUUUAUAUUUGUUGUUUUUUCAUCAUUUCAAAGCAAACCCCAUCUCAUAAAACUCCAAGAAACUCAAAUCUUUACAAUUUUUUUUUUUAAUUUUCACCCAAAAAAAAACCCAAAUUUUUAUCUGUUUUUUUGACAUUUCAAUGGAAACCCAUAACCUAAAAACUCAAUCUUUACCAGUUAAUUCAGUUGGUCAAGCUCAACAAAGUGAUGAAAAUGGAAAAGAUGUUGACUUUUUAGUCAAAGAAGAUUCUAGAAGAGUUGAAAAUAAAGAUUCUAGAAGAGUUGAAAAUGAAGAUUUGGGUUUGGAUUUGUCACCAGUUAGGGCUAAUUCUUGUAAUUGGGGCAAUUCUUGGACUAAAAUUACUGAUUCUAGCCCAUUGGAAUCACAAUGGUAUGUUGGUGUUGAUAAUAAUGGGCCUUCUUCUUCAGAUUGGGCCCAAUGGCCUUCAGAAAUUAAGCCCAUGGGUUCAAUUGAGCCCAAAUGGAGUUUUCAAAGAGAUGAAGAAAUUGAGCCUGUAACCACUAUUGUGCCAUUUGAAAAUCAGCCUUUUAAGCUGGGUGCUGGACUUGCUAAUUUAGGCAACACAUGCUUCCUGAAUGCGGUUUUGCAAUCUUUCAUGCACACGGUGCCUUUGCUUCACCUCCUCGCGUCGAACGAUCAUGCAUCGCCAUGUGAUAGUUACAUGAUAGGAUUCUGUGUAAUUUGCGUUAUUAGAGAGCUUAUUGACCUUUCAUUUGCUUCUGGCGGCGGUUUUGUCUCUCCCUGGAAACUUGUUAACAACUUGAGUUAUUUUUCGUCCAGUUUCCAUAGGUUCCAACAAGAAGACGCUCAUGAAUUCCUACAAUGCCUUCUGGAUAGACUUGAAAGCUGUUGCAAUGAUUCAAUGCGAAAAGAUAGGGCACCUUCAGAAAGUGACAACAUUGUGAAGCAUGCCUUUGGUGGUCGCCUUGUCAGCAAACUGCGCUGUUGCAAUUGUGGUCACUGCUCUGACACUUACGAGCCUCUAAUUGACCUAAGUUUGGAGAUUAAAGAUGUCGACAGUUUACCCGCAGCGUUGGAAUCUUUCACAAAAGUUGAGAAAAUUGAUGAUCCAGAGAUAAAGUUUUCAUGUGAAAAAUGUAAGGCACAAGUGUCAAUCGAGAAGCAGCUUUUGCUCGAUAAGGCCCCUUCUGUUGCUGCCUUCCAUUUGAAGAGAUUUGAAAAUGACGGUUCUUUUGUUGAGAAGGUUGACAAACAUGUUUCAUUUCCGCUGGAAUUGGACUUGCUUCCGUAUACUGAUAACAACCAAAUUAAUAAUGAAGAAAUGAAGUACGAUCUUUAUGCAGUUAUAGUGCAUAUUGGGUUUUCAUCCUGUUCAGGGCACUAUUACAGCUACGUCCGGUCUGCACCAGAUGAAUGGUACAAAUUUGAUGACUCAGAGGUCUUCCGGGUUCACGAAGAUCUAGUUUUGGAAGAGGAAGCAUAUAUAAUGUUUUAUGCAAAGAGAGGUACCCCAUGGUUCUCAGAUUUCGUUGAAAUGCAAAAGCCCUUCAUAGAUCCGACCAUAUUCAAUACUUCUCCCAAGUCAGUUCUGGAUAAUGUGGACGCUAUCUCCAUAACUUCUCCGUGCAUUCUAAAUAAUCAUGCUUCCGAUGUCAGCGAAUCCGAUCACGCUGCAGACGAAGCAUCUACUAAGCCUGAGCUCGACAAGAUUGAGGAUAGUGAAUCACGGGACGUUGAGCCGACGUCUACUCCAGGACCAACUGGUGCGGUUAACUCUCUCGAUUACCAAACUGCUGAAGCGGAUACAGUUUCUUUAGCUUCAAAGCAUAAUGUAAACAACUGUACUCGGGACAUUGGUGUGACCGGAAGAAUGGAAACUCUGACUUCCAAGACACGAUCUAGAUCUCCUAGUCGAGAGAGGCACCGAGAUGAUCCACCCGAAAACAGUUAUGCCAUUCCUCGUGGCCAUGCAACAUUAGCAGAUCAAGUUUCUUGCAAACAUCAAUCACAGAAGGAUCUAGAGCAGGACUUGGAAAGAAAGGAGGCGUGUUCUCUAAUUAAGAAAACUAUUCCCGGGUCAAGAGGUCAACAACUAAUGGCUGCUAUGCGCGGCUCACAAUGUGAAGGUUCAUUUUUGAACAAGAAAAGGAGAAAAAUCGAAGGUUCUCCAAGUAGUAGAGACGAUAGAAGUUCAGCUGGUCGACGUAGGUCAAGUUUUGGCUCUGGUUUACAUCCUGUAAUGGCUAGCAGCUUCAGAUGACCAAGUCUUUGAUUUUGCAGAACACUUGUAGUUUGUAACUGAUAGAAUAGUCUUUUUGAUUUAAAUCUCCCGGCCUUUGAGGCAGAUUCAAAAUUUUGAGCUUAUGGGUUCUGGAUUCGAGAAAAAAACAGCUUAUUGGGUUCUGGAUAAAUUAUGUAUACAUAUUAAGUGGAUUUUUAAACACUCAGCAUUUCGUA